AUGAAUCAACGGUCGGCCACAGAAUGUUACUCGUACUGGAUUUUGCUGACUUUUCGUAGUAUUCCUUUAAUACGAUCGUCUAUUAACUGCAUUUUUGAUGAUGGUUUUUGCAACCAGACAAAGACAGAUAAUUGGGUAAGAACUAAUGGGGCAUCAGGAAUUAAUCGUCCUACCUUCGAUCAUACAACAGGCACUUCAACAGGUUACUUUAUUUUGCUACAAACGAACUAUAACGAAAGAAUUCAGUCUGGAAGUAUCACUUUCAAUUUGACUGCAAAUGUAACAAAGUCUUGUUUAAGUUUUUGGUAUCAAAGCUCUGGCAAUACGAGUGCUCCAAAUACUAUUGGCGUUUAUUUGAUCUCAAAUGAACGAGUCAUGCUCAUGUGGAAUGAUACGCUAAAGCAGGAUUUGUUUUGGAACAAAGCUCAGUCAACUGUAAAUCUUACUCAUGGAAAUUAUAGAGUAAGUAGUGCUAUAGAAAACGAUCAAAUGCAUAAGUCAUAA